GCGGUCAUUUUACUGUUUAUCAGUUGGCUUUGGUUACAAUGGAUGUUUCUUGGAUUCAAGUAAGAUCUCUUCUAAAUCAAGUCAAAUGUAUCGCACGGGCUCUCGUUCUAUAUCAGAUAUACAACCUCGAGCCCAACACGAGAGGCUUUAUGUCUUGUAUACCACAUGUGCGCGAAGUAUUUCACUAUACUUUUAGGCACGAGCGUCUCUGGCUAAAUGUAUUUCAGAUUUUACUAUACUUUUCACCACAGGCGGUCUGUGGCUGAAAAGUAGAUCAGUUUUCUCUAUACUUUUCAGAGACAGCGGUCUGGGGCUAAACGUAUAUUUCAGUAUACUUUUUAGCCACGGCGGCCUGACCGUAUAGAUUUCAGUAUAUUUUUCAGCCACGGACUGCCUGUGGCUAAAAAGUGUACCAGAUUUCAGUAUACUUUUUAGCCACGGCGGCCUGAGAUUUCAGUAUACUUUUUAGCCACGGCGGCCUGACCGUAUAGAUUUCAGUAUAUUUUUCAGCCACGGGCCGCCUGUGGCUAAAAAGUGUACCAGAUUUCAGUAUACUUUUUAGCCACGGCGGCCUGACCGUAUAGAUUUCAGUAUAUUUUUCAGCCACGGACCGCCUGUGGCUAAAAAGUGUACCAGAUUUCAGUAUACUUUUUAGCCACGGCGUCCUGACCGUAUAGAUUUCAGUAUAUUUUUCAGCCACGGACCGCCUGUGGCUAAAAGUGUACCAGAUUUCAGUAUACUUUUUAGCCACGGCGGCCUGACCGUAUAGAUUUCAGUAUAUUUUUCAGCCACGGACCGCCUGUGGCUAAAAAGUGUACCAGAUUUCAGUAUACUUUUUAGCCACGGCGGCCUGACCGUUUAGAUUUCAGUAUAUUUUUCAGCCACGGACUGCCUGUGGCUAAAAAGUGUACCAGAUUUCAGUAUACUUUUUAGCCACGGCUGGCUAAAAAGUAUAUCAGAUUUCAUUAUACUUUUUAGCCACGGCGCCCUGACCGUAUAGACUUCAGUAUAUUUUUCAGCCACGGACCGCCUGUGGCUAAAAAGUGUACCAGAUUUCAGUAUACUUUUUAGCCACGGCGGCCUGACCGUAUAGAUUUAAGUAUAUUUUUCAGCCACGGACCGCCUGUGGCUAAAAAGUGUACCAGAUUUCAGUAUACUUUUUAGCCACGGCGGCCUUACCGUAUAGAUUUCAGUAUAUUUUUCAGCCACGGACCGCCUGUGGCUAAAAAGUGCACCAGAUUUCAGUAUACUUUUUAGCCACGGCGGCCUGACCGUAUAGAUUUCAGUAUAUUUUUCAGCCACGGACCGCCUGUGGCUAUAAAGUGUACCAGAUUUCAGUAUAGUUAUUAGCCACGCCGGCCUGACCGUAUAGAUUUCAGUAUAUUUUUCAACUACGGACCGCCUGUGGCUAAAAAGUGUACCAGAUUUCAGUAUACUUUUUAGCCACGGCGGCGUGACCGUAUAGAUUUCAGUAUAUUUUUCAGCCACGGAUCGCUUGUGGCUAAAAAGUGUACCAGAUUUCAGUAUACUUUUUAGCCACGGCGGCCUGACCGUAUAGAUUUCAGUAUACUUUUCAGCUACGGACCGCCUGUGGCUAAAAAGUGUACCAGAUUUCAGUAUACUUUUUAGCCACGGCGGCGUGACCGUAUAGAUUUCAGUAUAUUUUUCAGCCACGGAUCGCUUGUGGCUAAAAAGUGUACCAGAUUUCAGUAUACUUUUUAGCCACGGCGGCCUGACCGUAUAGAUUUCAGUAUACUUUUCAGCUACGGACCGCCUGUGGCUAAAAAGUGUACCAGAUUUCAGUAUACUUUUUAGCCACGGCGGCGUGACCGUAUAGAUUUCAGUAUAUUUUUCAGCCACGGAUCGCUUGUGGCUAAAAAGUGUACCAGAUUUCAGUAUACUUUUUAGCCACGGCGGCCUGACCGUAUAGAUUUCAGUAUACUUUUCAGCUACGGACCGCCUGUGGCUAAAAAGUGUACCAGAUUUCAGUAUACUUUUUAGCCACGGCGGCGUGACCGUAUAGAUUUCAGUAUAUUUUUCAGCCACGGAUCGCUUGUGGCUAAAAAGUGUACCAGAUUUCAGUAUACUUUUUAGCCACGGCGGCCUGACCGUAUAGAUUUCAGUAUACUUUUCAGCUACGGACCGCCUGUGGCUAAAAAGUGUACCAGAUUUCAGUAUACUUUUUAGCCACGGCGGCGUGACCGUAUAGAUUUCAGUAUAUUUUUCAGCCACGGAUCGCUUGUGGCUAAAAAGUGUACCAGAUUUCAGUAUACUUUUUAGCCACGGCGGCCUGACCGUAUAGAUUUCAGUAUACUUUUUAGCCACGGCGGCCUGACCUAAAAAGUGUACCAGAUUUCAGUAUACUUUUUAGCCACGGCGGCCUGACCGUAUAGAUUUCAGUAUACUUUUUAGCCACGGCGGCCUGACCGUAUAGAUUUCAGUAUACUUUUCAGCCACGGACCGCCUGUGGCUAAAAAGUGUACCUGCAGAUUUCAGUAUACUUUUUAGCCACGGGAGUCUGUGGCUAAAAAGUAGAUCAGAUUUCAUUAUACUUUUUAGCCAGGGCGUUCUGACCGUAUAAAUCUCAGUAGUUUUUCAGCCACUGACCGCCUGUGGCUAAAAAGUGUACCAGAUUUCAGUAUACUUUUUAGCCGUGGCGUUCUGACGGUAUAAAUCUCAGUAUAUUUUUCAGCCACGGACCGCCUGUUGCUAAAAUGUGUACCAGAUUUCAGUAUACUUUUUAGCCACGGCGGUCUGACCGUAUAGAUUUUAGUAUAGUUUUCAGCCACGGACCGCCUGUGGCUAAAAAGUGUACCAGAUUUCAGUAUACUUUUUAGCCACGGUAGUCUGUGGCUAAAAAGUAUAUCAGAUUUCAUUAUACUUUUUAGCCAUGGCAUUCUGACCGUAUAAAUCUCAGUAUAUUUUUCAGCCACGGACCGCCUGUGCCUAAAAAGUGUACCAGAUUGCAGUAUACAUUUUAGCCACGGCAGUCUGUGGCUAAAAAGUAUAUCAGAUCUCAUUAUACUUUUUAGCCACAGCGGUCUGUGGCUAAAUGUAUAUCAGAUUUCACUAUACUUUUACCCACGGCGGUCUGUGGCUGAAAAGUCGAUAGGAUUUCUCUAUACUUUUCAGCCGCAGCGGUGUGUGGCUAAAUGUAUAUCAGAUUUCACCGGCAGCCAUUAAUCGGCAGCCAUUUAUGAAAAGGUUGUAUGAAAACCUGCUUAACAUAUUUAUUCAAGACCUGAGUACCUUAGGGUGGCAACGCGACGGCAACGGCUACCAAUACAAUAAAUCAUUGAAAAGAAUUGAAUAAUUGCAAUCAUAUGAGUAAUUUAGACAUGUCAUUUCACGUGUUCAUACAACGGCUGGAUUUGAAACCGCAACAAGUGCGACUUCAGACUGGGUUCAUCAGAACUCUUCCCAACCAUAAAUCCCAUGUCUUCAGUACUUCUAAGUCUGUACUAAAUUCAUACGAUUGACAGAAGUUCGUUUUGGCCAUAGAUAUCUUAUAUACACUAGAUAGUGCAUCUAAUUAUUCUGCAAUUCAAAAAUUGAAGCCGUGAUUGCAGUCUCGGGUCGUUCUCAUGAAUGAGAAGAUUCGUAUGGUUUCUAUUUCGUAAACAGAGAACUUAAACAUUAAGUUAACCCUAUUCGAAAUACGUUUUUGAACUAUUCAUAUGAUGAAAGUUAUUGUUGUUUUUAAGCGUCUAUUAGCAAGUGGGAACGACCAACAUGGCCGCCAUCUAUUCAAAUGGGGGUAACCGCUGGAAUAUUCUUGGCUUCAAUUUUACUAAAAGAGAUGCGCUAUCUAGUGUAUAUAUCGUCGUUGCGUUGCCGUUCUGAAAUCGUAAGGUCUGAGGUCUCUAUUAACAAUGUGAAACCUUUGCAGUUUUAGGACAAUUCUUGACUGCUUUCGAAGACGAAGCCAGUCGGAUGAGGCAAUUGAAGAGCAGUCUGCAGUCAGGAGAGUUAUUCAAUACGAAUAUGACGCCCUAGGACCCAUGACGUAAGUUUUUGAAGUCCGCCUUGUACACAUGUAAAAACGCGCAAAGUUGUUACACAGAUCGGGGACCGGUUGUACAGGGUGUAUAAAAAAAAGGUAAUCGAACUUCAGCGCGCUGUUAUACGUGAAUUACUCGGCGUAUGAACAAUUGGUUUUCAUAUUCGGAAAGAUCAGGCUUUUAGCUGUUGAAAGACGUGCUUUUCAUGCCAAGUGGAGAAAAAAUAAGCAUGAACGACUCACAUUUCCCGCUUAAUAUCGCCUAUACUGUACACUAACAAUGGUCUUAAUUGCCAACUGUGUGUUUCUAAUAACAAUAGAAUUCUUAUCAAGUUCAUUUAAACACCGAUAUCUUUUCAACUAAACACUACAAUAUACUGUACAGGGUGUCCCCCAAAAAACGAAAACUAUUGAAAUCACCAGUAAGAAUUUAAUUGUUAGAAUUUGAAUGCCUUAGCACUCUGUUGCUUCCCACGAGCGCAGAAAUGAUUGACAUAAGUAAAUUGUAUGCAUAAAGAAACUAUUUAAGAAGCUGCUGAAUUCCCAAGAGCAGAAAAUCGCUAUUUUGUAUGGGUACAUGCUAUUUUAUGCUUAUUACUUGACGUUGAAUACCUUUAGACGAUAAUGAUGAUUAUGCAUAUUCAAUUUUUGUAUCGAAUACGCGUUUCAUGCAAUGACCUUAAUUUCCCCUUAUAACUAAAAUUUUGAUCUAGACAAAGCAAGACAAAAAUUUCAUCACAGCUUGAAAGAGCAUCACAAAAUUAGUAAUAUUCUAAAGUUUCGUUGCGAAAUGUUGUAAAAUGCGGAUAAUAUAGCCUUGCUAAAUUUGCAAUUUUCAGUCAUUUUCGGAUUACAAACGGAAAAUUGAUGCCCCAACACCCGAUUGGGCUGUCAAUUUCCCGUGCGUAAUACAAAAUGACUGAAAAACGGCAAACUUCGCAUGGCUAUAUUAUCCGCAUUUUACAACAUUUCGCAACGAAACUUUGGAAUAUUACUAAUUUUGUGAUGCUCCUUCAAGCUGUGAUGAAGUUUUUGUCUGGAUCAAAAUUUUUGUUAUAAGGGGAAAGGUCCAUUUAUUGUUCGCUGGUCAGUCACACACACGGUAACUCGUUUUAUCGUCAUGAGUAACAAACGCUGUAUUUCCCACGUGUUCGGAUCAGGCCAUCCUCAGAAAGCAGGAACCAUAAAGUAAUUGUACAGGGUGUCUCAAAAAACGCUACGGAAAUUCAACAGGCUGUCGUGCAUCAUAAACGUUGCUAAACAAUUCAAUUUUUACAUAGGAUGAAAGAACCGUUAUGUAGCUUUUCAGUGAUACUCUUUUUAAAUCGUAACGAUGAGAAAUGGCCACAUACUCGCCAAAUAAAAAUUGCCGAUCGAAAUCAUAUUCUUCCACCGUUGGGGGUUGCAAGGAAAACGAACAAUAAACAAUUCUCAAGAGAGAAUUAAAAUUGAAUGUUAAAUUAUCUAAAAUAAGCUCAACUCGUCCAUCUUUGUCUCAGUGAGACCAUAAGAACGUCCAUUAUUGCAUUAGACAUGGUGCCAUUAACCACUGAACAGAGAAUAUUCGUAAUCAAAACGUUUUACGAAACAAGUACCUUGCACUUUUGCGUUGCUUUUGGAUUGAUUAACUUUGCAUAAUUAAUGUUCUUUCAAUUCCCAACGGUGGAAGAAUUGAUUUCGACCGACAAUUUUUAUUUGACGAGUCAUGUGUGACCAUUUCUCAUCGUUACGGUUUAAGAAAGGUAUCAUAGAAAAGCUAAAUAAUAGCUCUUUUGUCCUAUGUAAAAAUUAAACUGUUUAGUUAAGUUUGUGAUGCACAACAGUCUGUUGAAUUUCCGUAGCGUUUUUUUUAGACACCCUGUAUAGUAAGGUAUUAGGAUGUUAGGUUUGUAAUCCAAGUGAGAAUAUAUACAUUUUAAGACCUAUCCAGGAACGACUGCGAAAAAUGCAGCACAAGUUCCUCUGGUAGGAAUUGGACCCACGGCCCUGUGAUUAGGUAAACCUAGUAUAUUUUCUCAUUUAAAGCGAGUCGACAAUGCCGAAACUGAUCGUUCUUUGUCUUUGAGCAACAUUGUGCGUAUUCAAAUGUGACUGAACAGUUGACUUACUUUGGUAGGCAUAUUUUAAUUCGUCAAACAUUUUUGUAGAUUUGCAGAAAAGGGUGUACUCGUUCAUUUUGUUAUUCUCGCGUUAUUGUGGGCUGUAAGAGAUCCAAAGUUUGUCUCUGGAUGGAGUGUUAUAUUCAAAGAUGG